AAUGCAGCACCAGCGCUAUACAACACUAGAAAAAAACUAAACGGGUAGCUGAAAAUUAUAAUCACAGGACACAAUUUUGUAAGUGAAUUAAACCCCCUAGACACCGCUAAGUACCACAAGAGUUUAGAUCAAAGUGUGCCACACACUCUGGACAAACUAAUUUUGGCCACAUUUGACAUCGCUCGCUAGGAACAAGGCGCCAAAAACGAAGCAAAAAAGUGCCUCGCUGGGCACGCAUUUUGUCGUAGAAAAAAAUCGCCAGGCAGCUGAAGUCGCCAACGACGGCAGCGACGCCGGCAGAGGGCUGCAGGCAGCGGGCACUCAAAAAUCCUGCCAGAGCGAAACUGAAAUAGAAAUUUCUUUGGGAAUUUGGAUAUUGCCCGCUGAACGAGGGGAGGGGGACACUCUCGCAUCAGCUGUGGCCAAAGUGGAGCCAGCGAGAACAAAGUGUGUGCAAAAAUAUAGAGAAAAACAAAAAACGAAAAAAAAGCGAAUAAGAACCGACGAAAAAGCAAAUUGUCGAGCGAUCGGUAGCGCAACGAAACCCAAACGAAACCCUCGCCCCAGGCCGCUGGUCCCAGAAAUACCCACAAGUCGAAAAUAAAACAUUUGCCGCUCUAUUAUAUGUAUCUUUAGACUUGUAUUUCGAAGAGUGCAACGGAAUGGAAACGGAGACGAAAGCCAGCAGCGAGGAGCAGGCCAAGACGGCGACGCCCGUGGCCAUGGACACCCUAGAUCCGCCGCCGCCAAGCAGCUCGAAGACCCUUAAACGCUGCCUCAGUGUGCCAAUCAUCCGAACGCCCUCAGGGCGACCCUCGCCACACGCACCCAUGACCACACGCGCAGCCGCAGCUGCUGCCGCCGCGGCCAAGGAGCACGAGCAGACGCCAAAGAAGAACCCACCGCAGCACCAGCAGAUGGAGCACUACUCCUCCAAAUGCAACUCGACCAUCGAUUACUUUGGCAAGAGCAUGCACAUCCGAUCGCAGCCCAAUUCCCGCGAGGUCUCGCCGGCGCCGGUGUUCAAUAUAUUUGCACCACGUGCCCGACGCUACUCGGCCAGCUACAGUCCGAUGUCCACCGCCAACGGAGGGACCAACGGGGCCGCGCUGUGUCUGACGCCUCGCGUCUCCCAGCUGCGGCAGGAGGAGUGCGCCGAUCUGAACAGCCGCGAGGUAAACCACGAGCGGGAGGUGCAUCGCGAGAUACAGAUCUCCCAGAGCUGGGAGGACCUUACGCUGGUGGCCGAGAACUGGUCGUGCAAGUCCGACGAGCUCUCCAAUCCGCUGCAGGUCACACUGCCAUCGACAGGCAGCACCAGCUGCUCCAGUCCCAGUCCCACCAGCAAUCGGGCGGGCAUGCGACUGCCCUACUCGCCAUCGCCCACGCGGCGCACCUUUGCCACCAGGCGCUCCAUGUCGCCGAUUGCCAUGCGCCCUUCCCAGCUGGGGCCGGUGAAGCGCAAGUUCGAGCUGGACGACAAUCCCGGGGGCAGCAACUGGAGUGUCUACUCGCCGUCGCCCAUGAAAAAGAUGUUUACAGAGAGUCGCGGCUCUUCGCCCGUGUGCCAAUCCCCCUCCUCUGUGUGUCCCAGCCCCGACUCGGGCACCUACGAUGGACGCAUCACCCCUAAGCUGUUCAUCUCCAAGCUGUGCACAAAUAAUGCCGUUGGAGCCGGUGGCCAGAACAACAACAGCAGCAGCUCUGACUGUCCCUCUCCCAGUUCCGCUUCGCCCGGAGCUGGUGGUAGCAGUGGGCCUGGUAUGGAUGCUGGCUCCUCAUCGGAGCCCAUGUGUCUGGCUCUUUCUGGGAGCAGUCAGAGCCAGAGCAUCGAUGAAGGCAUCUCCAUACCGGAGAGCGAGCCCAAUUCUUGCCGCAGUCGCACCUCCUCCAUACUCUCCACGGCGUCAUCGAGCACCCAAGUGCUGGUCAACGAUCUGGCCGACGAUGCCACCCUAAUGGACGAUGCCAAGAGCGAGACCUCAUCGAUCGGGGGCUGUUCCACGAUCAGCAUAGAGUCCUCCUCAUGCGACAGCGGGGCCAAGACGGCGGCCACCUUUCUCAAUCGUCUGGUGGUGGACGACGGUAACUCGCCGCUGGCCCAAAAGAGCUUCUACAUUAACAAACAGGGCCUCUCGGGGGCCAAAAAGUACAUUGUUAACCAUCACGAGGGUGGUGGUGGUCCCAGCAAGGAUGUGCAGCAAAAGCUUUAAGCAAUCGAGUGGCUGAUUGUAUUGUCCCACAUGUACAUUAAGAUUAUAAAUAAUUUAUAUACUAACGCACUCCCCAAGAUGUCCCCAAGCCCGCUAAGGAUUGAAACCAUUGAUCCCACAUUAUUUAAUAGCUUUAUUGUACAUAGUUAAGUUGUUUGUGUCGUCACAUCGCCUUCGAUUAGAAGCAUAUCAUCAUGUCCCCUCCCCAAGCAAUCCAAUUCCCCACACGCAAUCCCACAUUCUCCUAGAAAACAUUGGUUUUAAUAUGUUUAGCCUAAGGUUUAGGCAUAGGCAAAAGAGUUAUUAACUUAACAUAAUCCUCUAUAUGUUACUAUAUGUUUUCUUCUACCAAUUUACAAAUUUUUUUUGUAUAUUUAUAUAUAUUCCAUAUAGUUAUGGAAGUUUAGUUGUUAGUUAGUAGUCCUCAAUCCCUUAGAUGAUAGCUACCAAGAACCCAAUUUUGCCAAAUAUUUUUCCUUUAUGUAAUCGAAAAUUAUACGUACAUCCAUAUUAUGUGAUCCAAUUAAGUGCGGGGCUACAAACAUACAAAAAUCCCCGCCAUAAACUGAUCGAUUUAUACAAUUACUAUAGUUUUACGAUUCGUUUGUAUUUAUCGUAAGCGAAUUUACGUAGUUUCAGGAAAUGUUAUAUCUAGAAAGGAACCACAGAUGGAAAGAAAUGCAUAUUAAACAUUGUUCAAUAGUAUUCGA